GGAAGCGGGGGAAGUUUGGAUGGAUGACAUGACGGGCGCAGCGCCGGAGUGUAUUCUUAUCAAGUGAGAUCCGGGAGAACACAGGAGGCAAUCAGUAUAAAGAAAGCGGCAGAUCUAGGGAGCAGACGCUGGAUGACAGAGCAGAGACAAGCCUGCGAUCUGAUAGCUUGUAGAGACAUCGCCUGGAAUUGCGAUCAGAUCGGAGCCAGUCUGAGGGGUGAGCACUGAGCAGUGCCAGUCUAAAGAGGUGAUCACUGCCAGCCUGAGACGUGAUCAGUGCCAGACUGAGAGGUGAUCAGUGCCAGUCUAAAGAGGUGAUCAGUGCAGCCUAAAGAGGUGAUCAGUGCCAGACUGAGAGGUGAUCAGUGCAGCCUAAAGAGGUGAUCAGUGCCAGACUGAGAGGUGAUCAGUGCCAGACUGAGAGGUGAUCAGUGCCAGCCUAAAGAGGUGAUUAGUGCAGCCUAAAGAGGUGAUCAGUGCCAGCCUAGAGAGGUGAUCAGUGCCAGCCUAAAGAGGUGAUCAGUGCCAGCCUAAAGAGGUGAUCAGUGCCAGCCUAGAGAGGUGAUCAGUGUAGCCUAAAGAAGUGAUCAGUGCCAACCUAAAGAGGUGAGCAGUGCAGCCUAAAGAGGUGAUCAGUUCCAUCCUGAGAGGUGAUCAGUGCCAGCCUAAAGAGGUGAUCAGUGCCAGCCUAAAGAGGUGAUCAGUGCAGCCUAAAGAGGUGAUCAGUGCAGCCUAAAGAGGUGAUCAGUUCCAUCCUGAGAGGUGAUCAGUGCCAGCCUAAAGAGGUGAUCAGUGCCAGCCUAAAGAGGUGAUCAGUUCCAUCAUGAGAGGUGAUCAGUGCCAGCCUAAAUAGGUGAUCAGUUCCAUCCUGAGAGUUGAUCAGUGCAGCCUAAACAGGUGAUCAGUGCCAACCUAAAAAGGUGAGCAGUGCCAACCUAAAGAGGUGAGCAGUGCCAGCCUUGUCUAUGAGCCCCACACCUGGAGAUAUGAGGGCAUUUCCAGGCUUUGUGAGGAUCUACUGAACAUCUGCUGGGCACCAGGACAAUCCAGUGCCAGUCCACCCCACCCAAGGGGAAAGGAAUUGACUAGGGGUAGGAAAGUCCUAGUUUUUAGCCAACUUUGAAUUCAUUUGGAUUUGCACGUUUUACGUAUACUGUCUAGCUAAUGACAUAACUCCUGCUGUUCCAGCUCUUGACGUUUUAGAACACUCUGCCUUGAUGGUACCUUAGUUGGUAAGUCACAACCAUGGAAGAUAAAAGCAAGCAGUGCCUACAGGACCCUAUGUGCCUAGGAAUAGAAUCGAACCAUUACAUAGGUAGCCAUGGAGGACACCAGGUGGACUUCUUGGAGGAGAUGGUGGAUCCUGGGGAAAUUUCAUUGGACAGCCUGAUCUUUCAGAGACCAGAGGAUGAGGUCUCCUAUCAGAAGAAGGGAGGAGGACCAGCAUCCUCUGAUAACAAUGAGCUGGAGAAGGUCCUGGACUCCAUCCUAGACACCUCAUCUUCCAGUCACCUCCACCCAUGGGAUGAUUAUGUCAUUCCGGAAUUCCAGGAAAUCUCUGUGACAUCUGCAGCCUCAACCAAGACCCUUGGUGACCUCACAACUGAUAAAAAGGAGGCUGGCGUUUGGACUGGGGCCACAGAAAAUAGGAGCAUUCCUUCUUUAGUGCCGAAAGAGCAGGACAAAGCCACCCUGGAGUAUAGUAUAGAAGGUCAAUUGGAAGGGAAGGGUAGGAGCCAUGGAGUGUUGACUUCUAGGCAUCCAACUUUUCCACCUGAUGGAAAGAUGCCUAUGUUGCCUGGAAGUGCGGUGUACCUACCUGGUCAGCCCAGACACAUUGAGGACAAUGACAACUAUGACCGAAAGCCUUCUCCAUGCUCGUCCCAGCAUUUAUCCCCAUACCCAUGUCACAGUUCCUGCUCACACCAUGAUGGCAAAAUCAAACAGGAAGAUUCCUUGUAUGCAGAAUAUGGAUUGCCAUCAUCCAAUCCGGCAACGCCAGGUCCUGACCCUUCUCUGGAAUAUAUCUGCAAAAGUGAGACUGCAGCAGCAUAUGAAAAUUUCCGAUCUACCCUAGGUAAAUCAUCCGAUAAUGUUUUACCCACUUCUUCUACCACUUCCCAAAACCUUUACCAACCCCUGAGCCUCAAUGACCAUCAGCAACAUGCCUACCAAUCAGGAACUGUAAACGAUGCCUUCGUACCCCAGAUGCAUCUAUCCUAUGAACAAUAUUCCAGGCCUGACGAUCCAGACCAAAGUUCUCGGUAUGGUUUUGAUGCUCUGCCCCAGAAGAUCUGUUUAAUCUGUAGUGAUGAAGCUUCGGGCUGCCAUUAUGGAGCCCUCACCUGCGGGAGCUGUAAAGUCUUCUUCAAGAGAGCCAUAGAGGGACAGCACAAUUACUUGUGUGCUGGGAGGAAUGACUGCAUUGUUGAUAAGAUCAGAAGGAAGAACUGCCCUUCAUGUCGGCUUAGGAAGUGCUGCCAGGCGGGCAUGGUCCUAGGAGGUCGAAAGUUCAAAAAGUAUAACAGACUAAAACCUGGAAGAGAGCUUGACAGGAUUGCCACCUCCAGCCCCAUGGAAUGUCAGCAGGCUCUAACACGGAGAGUAUCUAACAGUUCGGCACAAGAGGUUCAGUACUUUCCUGAACUGUUGCAGAUUCUACAGAGUAUAGAGCCCGAGGUGUUGUAUGCUGGAUAUGACAACACUAAGCCAGAAACCCCCAGCGCUUUGCUGUGUAGUCUCAACCAAUUAUGUGAGCGACAGCUCCUCUGUGUCGUAAAGUGGUCCAAAUCCCUACCAGGCUUUAGAAAUAUGCACAUUGAUGAUCAGAUUAUCCUCCUGCAAUAUUCCUGGAUGAGUCUGAUGGUGUUUGCUAUGGGAUGGAGAUCCUAUAAGCAUGUCAGUGGGCAGAUGCUUUACUUUGCACCAGAUCUAGUUCUGAAUGAACAAAGAAUGAAAGAUUCCUCGUUUUAUUCCCUCUGUAUAGCAAUGAGGCAGCUGCCGCAGGAGUUUGUGAAAUUACAGAUCAGCCAUGAGGAGUUCCUGUGCAUGAAGGCUCUUCUGCUUCUGAAUACAAUUCCCUUGGAAGGUCUUAAAAGUCAAAGUUAUUUUGAUGAGAUGAGGUCUAAUUACAUUAGAGAACUGGCAAAGGCGAUCAGCCUAAGGCACAAAGGAGUUGUUGCAAGUUCUCAGCGGUUCUAUCACCUAACCAAAGUACUGGACUCCAUGCAUGAACUGGUCAAGCAGCUCCACCUGUACUGCCUCAACACCUUCCUUCAGUCUCGGGCGUUGAGCGUGGAGUUUCCAGAAAUGAUGACAGAGGUCAUAUCGGCGCAGCUCCCCAAAAUCCUCGCAGGGAUGGUCAAACCGCUGAUCUUUCACAAGAAGUGAAUGCUUUUUCCUCUCUGUUCUCCAUACCUAUUUAUUUUCUUUAGUCCAAGCUGUUUGUGUGAUAAAGUUUUGUUUGUAAUUUGUUACAACGAUGGACAAGUGAAUUUGCACUCAGACUGGAGCGCAGUCCACGAGAGACUGCAGCAAAAGUGGAGCGGCUUUCUAUAGCAGCCCCAACCCCCCUUUAAAAAUAUGCAAAAUCUUAAGGUUACCCUAGUCAAAAAAAAAAUCUAAAUGACACUCACUAUCACUGGGAGAGGAAUAUUAGACUAAUCCUCUACACUGCCAGAUGUUUUUAAACAAAACCCAUGUUGCUUUUUUUACUUUUACCGAUUAGCCUAGGUAUGGUGACAUUCAUUUCCCUAUAUGUAGAAAAUUACUUUAACAAGCUUCUAAGUUUGACUGCCCUUGGCAGCCUGGCAUCACUCCCAUGACCCCUUUCACUAUCACCACUAACAAUGCUACCCUCCCGUAUCUAUUCCGAACAGCACUCCUGCUUUCCGCUGACACAUCUGGCAGCCAAUCUGAGCUCUUCUAUCUAUUCUUCUGUCUAUGCUGCACGGCACAAAAGGGAAGUGCCUUAGAGGGUGGGUGUGUAUCACUGGUAGCAUCCGGUGUGUAAAACCAAGGUACAGCGAUGUGCAAGUGAUAACAUUUAAAGUGAACCAGUAUACAUGUGGCAAUAAAUUAAUCAACAUGCAUGUAACAUGAUAGAUAACAUGUGGAAAAAUAAAAAACAACGUCCACAAUUAAUCCACAAAGAUAAGUGAAUAAAGGUGAAGUUCAUAUGAAGUGAUGUGUAGCAGAAAUAAAAUUUGUAUGAACGGAAUUCCACCACCGAAAGGACACCAACUCGUGUGUUGUAGUCUCCUUACCAUAAAUGUAUGACCACCGGUACAGUGGUCAUAGCAGGCGCAGGGAUUUUUAGAGUCUUCCCGGGCAGACUGUCUCCAGAUGAGUGUGCUGAGGGAACCAGUCCAUUAAGCUCAUUCCAAUAGGGGUAUGCUGGAUUCAAACUCACAUGGAAUAAGAAAUAAGGGGGAAUCCCAUAGUGUAGUACCGUAUGAAAAGCGGUUUUAUUAAAGAAUAAAUAUGCACUUACAAUUAAGAAGGCAA